UCGGUAUCCACGGUCUCCAUGGACAGCGUUUAUUAAAUAUUAAAGCAUGUGGUGUCGAAUUGACACCCUCGAGCCACAAGCCCUUUAUCUGAAGGUCAGACAAGACCUUUAAUGUCAGGGCAUGCACUUUACCUGGUGCACGCUCUAGUUUCAGUCAACCUAAAUUUGUAUAAUGUAGAUUUUUUGCUGGCAGAAUGGAGCGACGCACAUCCCGCACUGAGGAGGAGCGCGCGGAGAGGAGAGUGCGGUUCCGCGUGGCGUCGGCGCACAGCGGCCGCGUGCUGAAGGAGGUGUUCAGAGACGCGCUCGAAGACUCCGCGGACACCGACACCACUGCGAGCUCAGAGCCGGAGCGAGCAAACUCGCCCGUUAUCACGGAGGCCAACGGCCACCUGAGCGGCCUGCUGCUGGGGCCAGAACCGGACGACAGCGGCAGCGAACCGGACGAGCUGCUCAUGUACGCCAGUGCAACAAAGGAGAAGGUCUUCACCGGAAAACGCGUGAACAUCUUCAGCAAGAACGGAACGAUUCGGGGCGUGAGGGAUAAAGUGAGCGCGGGACAGGUGCUGUUUAACAGCCUGUCCAAAAUGUAUGGGGUGUUUUCAUCAGAUGCACCCAACAAAGUCUCAUAAUUCAGAGGACAAUUAUUACUCCCAUCAUAUAUACAGUAUCACGCAUUAUCAGAUAUAAUAAUAAAGAAUUAUUACAGUACAAUGUGAAAGUGUUACCAAGUGUUACAGCA